CUAUUGACAUUGAGAUUCUGAAUAUCUAAAAUUUUCAGAUAUUCUUUAAAAAUUGUUCUUUCAAUUAUAGGAGAUAUUUAAGUGUGUACAUCAGGAAAAUUUUAACUGCAUUCUAAAAAAAUAAGUUCCUGAGAUUUCCUUUCAACAAUACUUUUGAAACACAGAUAAAAUUACUUCCUGUCUCUCAGUUUCCUGUAUCCAUGGCAACCUCUGUUUUACACACUGACUGUAAAGGAACCAAUGUGAAGAGUGGUGUUUCCUGAGCAAACCCUGGCUUAAAAAGUGAAAAAAAAAGGUGGAGGGGUGGAGGUCAGCAGUGCCACAGAAAGAAAUGGAGUGUAGAAAUGUCGCUCUUCAGACUUUAAAAAGAAAACUUGUACUGGAAUCAGCUGAUUGUUAGAAAUAUGAAUUUCCUGUUCUUGCCAAUUCUGAUAUGAGCAGAAAAACCAGGGAUAUGUGUGGAUUACAGUUUUCUCUGCCCUGCCUACGACUGUUUCUCCUUGCUACCUGUUAUCUCGUAUUAUUAUUCCAUAAAGAGAUACUUGGAUGCUCGUCUGUUUGUCAGCUCUGCACUGGGAGACAAAUUAACUGCUGUAACUUAGGCCUUUCAAGUAUUACUAAGAAUUUUCCUGAAAGUACAGUUUUUCUGUAACUGACUGGAAAUAAUAUAUCUUAUAUAAAUGAAAGUGAAUUAGCAGGACUUCAUUCUCUUGUAGCAUUGUAUUUGGAUAACUCUAGCAUUCUGUGUAUAUACCCAAAAGCCUUUGUUCAAUUGAGACUGCUAUAUUUUCUAUGUCUAAAUAAUAAUUUUAUGAAGCGCUUGGAUCCUGGAAUAUUUAAGGGACUUCUGAAUCUUCAUUAUUUAUAUUUGCAGUCUAAUCAAAUAUCUUUUGUUUCAAGGGGAGUAUUUAAUGAUCUAGUUUCAGUUCAGUACUUAAAUCUACAAAGGAAUCGCCUCACUGUUCUCGGGGGUGGUACCUUUGUUGGUAUGGUUUCUCUUCGGAUACUUGAUUUGUCAAACAACAAUAUUUUGAGGAUAUCAGACUCAAGCUUUCAAAAUCUUGGAAACCUUGUAUGUUUGUAUCUAGCAGGCAAUAAUUUAACAAAAGUACCUUCAAAUGCUUUUGAAGUACUUAGGAAUCUUAAAAGACUUUCUUUGUCUCAUAAUCCUAUUGAAGCUAUACAGUCCUUUGCAUUCAAAGGACGUGUCAACUUGGAGUAUCUCCUCCUGAAAAACUCAAGAAUUAAAAAUGAUACUAGGAAUGGGUUUAGUGGAAUUAGUAACCUUAAACAUUUGGUCUUAAGUCAUAAUGAUUUAGAAAAUUUGAAUUCUGACACAUUUAGUUUAUUAAAUAAUUUAAUUUACCUUAAGUUAGCUAGAACCCGAAUAAUUAGCAUUGAUAGUGAUACAAUUGAAAACAUGGGAGCAUCUUUGAAGAUUCUUAAUCUGUCAUUUGAUAAUCUUACAGACUUACAUCCAAGGGUCCUUAAACCACUGUCCUCACCGAUUCAUCUUCAGGCACUUUCUAACCCUUGGGAAUGUAACUGCAAGCUUUUGGGCCUUCGAGACUGGCUAUCAUCUUCAGCCAUUACUCUAAACAUCUCUUGUCAGAAUCCCCCAUCCAUGCUUGGCCAAGCAUUAUGUUAUAUUAAGUGGACUGACAUUACAAAUUGCAUUAUCUCUUCAGCAAAUGUUUCCAGAGCUUGGGCUGUUGUAAAAUCUCUUCAUAUUCAUCACAAGACUACUGCAGUAAUGAUGGCCUGGAAUAAAGUUACCACCAAUGGGAAACAUUUGGAAAAUACUGAGACUGAGAGUGUCACUUUUUGGGAACGAAUUCGUACUUCACCUGCCAGUAGAUUUUUUCAAGAAAACACCUUUGGUAACCCACUAGAGACUACUGCAGUGUUACCUGUGCAGAUACAACUUACUUCUUCUGUUAACUUGGACCAGGAAAAAAACAGUGCACUACCGAAUGAUGCUAUUUCAGUGUCAGGAAAAACAUCUCCAGUUUGUACACAAGAAGUUGAAAAAUUGAAUGAGGCUUUUGACAUUUUGCUAGCUUUUUUCAUCUUGGCGUGUGUUUUAAUCAUCUUUUUGAUCUACAAAGUUGUUCAGUUUAAACAAAAACUAAAAGCACCAGAAAACUCAAGGGAAAACAGACUUGAAUACUACAGCUUUUAUCAGUCAGCAAGAUAUAAUGUAACUACCCCAAUUUGUAACACUUCCCCAAAUUCUCUUGAAAGCCCUGGUUUGGAGCAGAUUCAACUUCAUAAACAAAUUGUUCCUGAAAAUGAGGCACAGGUCAUUCUCUUUGAACAUUCUGCUUUAUAACUCAACAUGACACUGGCUAUAAGAAACUUAGUCUUGGACAUAAGUAAGCCCUCCUUAUAGAAUCAUAGACUUCAUUUGGAAAUAUAAUUAUUCGAGUUUAGCAUUAUUAAAAUGUAUGUUUUUAAUA